AAUAAAAAAAAUAAGCCAUUUCAAGGUCACUUCGUCUCUUUUAAUAAAUUGAAUUUCAAGCCCAAAAUUGACAAUCGUUAUCUUCUUCCUAGGGUUCCCUUCUUCCCUUUGUUUCUCUUCUCAAAUCUAACCCUAGAAUUUGAUAAUUAAGAAAAAUUGAAGAAAAAAUAUAUAGAAAAGUUCUGCGAUGAAUCACUGUACAGAUCUUUUCUAACAUCCUAACAAAAACCCUAGAAAUUUGGGCUUAGGAAGGGUUUUUUUUCGGUUUGUUGGUUUUGGUUUUUAUUAGUGUUAUAGGAUUAGAUUUUCCUCUGAUUUGACUUAGGGAGGGAGGGAGGGAGUUAGUGGUGGUUUCAUUCUUAGGGUUUUGGUUCGACCGUUUCUGGUCUGCUAUUUGGGUUCGAUUUUUAUUUUGUAUGUUAUUGAAGUAUUAGAUUAGAGCCUAGAGCUGUAGAUAUGGAAGCGUUCGAGCGUGGGAGUAGUAUUCAAGAAACUCCCAAUCAUCAAGAUCCCAAGCAAUUGGGAAAUGAUUCGACAGGUGAGGUAUUUGAUGCAUCACAGUAUGCAUUUUUUGGAAAUGAUGUUCUUGAAGAAGUUGAGUUAGGAGGCUUAGAUGAUGAAGAAGUGGAAUUGCCUGCGGCGGGGUUUGAGGAAGAAGAGUUUCUUUAUGGUAAAGAAGAGGCUCCUCUCUCAAGGUCUCUAUCUGAUAUUGAUAGCUUAGCAAGUGCAUUUUCAAAGGUCGUAAGUGGAUCGAGAAACAUGGGGCCACUUGGUGAUGUAUCCAGAGAAAGCUCAUCUGUUACAGAAUGGGCACAAGAGGAGUUUCCAAAUUGGAAUGACCAUCAGAUGAUAGAAACUGAUAGCAUUUCUGAAGGCAAAAGGUGGUCUUCACAGCCAUUUUCUUCAGCUGCUCACAUCCUAGAAUCAAACCCUUUGUACAGAACUUCAUCUUAUCCUGAGCAACAACAGCAACAACAGCAAUACCAACACCAACAGCGACAUCAACCACACUUUUCCAGUGAACCUAUUCCGGUGCCUAAAUCUUCCUUCACUUCUUAUCCUCCACCAGGUGGCAGAUCUCAGCAAGCAUCACCAAAUCACCAUUCAGGUCACCUGAAUAUGCCAUAUAUUGCUGGAGGACCCCAGGGGGGCUUAUCUUCACCAAACCUUUCUCCAUUUUCAAACUCACAACUUCAAAUGGCCGGGUUACCUCAUGGAUCUCAUUUUGCUGGAAGUUUACCUCAGCUUACUCCUGGUCUGUCUGCUAAUAACCGAUUGCCAAACCAAUGGGCUAAUCAGGCUGGCAUGUAUCCAGGAGAUCACCCUGGAUUAUUAAAUAGUAUGUUACAGCAACAGUUGUCUCAUCAAAAUGGUAUAAUGCCUCCACAGUUAAUGACUCAGCAGCAGCAGCAGCAGCAGCAACAGAGAAUGCACCAUUCAGUUCAGCCAUCAUUUAACCAUUUGUCAGGAAUGCAGUCUCAACUAUUUAAUCCUCAUCUUCCCCCUUCACCACCUUUAAUGAACAAAUUCGAUGCAAUGCUCGGUCCUGGUGAUCUUAGAGAUCAAAGACCAAAAUUGGUUCAGAAAGGCAGACCCUUUCGCUUUCCACAGAUGGGCUCUGACAUGAGUAGCCAGAGGAGUGAUGUUGGGUGGCCACAAUACAGAUCCAAGUACAUGACAUCUGAUGAAAUUGAGGGUAUUCUCAGAAUGCAACUUGCUGCAACACACAGUAAUGACCCAUAUGUAGAUGAUUAUUACCAUCAGGCCAGUCUUGCUAAAAAAUCUUCUGGAGCUAAGCUGAGGCAUCAUUUUUGCCCAAACCACUUGAGGGAUCUUCCAUCACGAGCACGGCCUAAUAACGAACCACAUGCUUUUCUUCAGGUUGAUGCUCUUGGAAGGAUUCCAUUCUCAUCUAUUCGUAGGCCUCGUCCUCUUCUUGAAGUGGACAGUCCAAAUUUAUCAGGUUCUGGGGGUACUGAACAGAAGGAUUCUGAGAAGCCCUUAGAGCAGGAACCAAUGCUUGCUGCUAGAGUUGCAAUUGAGGAUGGGCUUUGUCUUCUUCUUGAUGUAGAUGACAUUGAUCGUUUCUUGCAAUUCAAUCAGCUCCCUGACAAUGGAACACAAUUGAGACGUAGACGGCAGGUUGUCCUGGAAGGGCUUGCUGCAUCACUUCAAUUGGUUGACCCGCUUGGAAAAAAUAGCCACACAGUUGGGCCUGUUCCCAAGGAUGAUCUUGUGUUCUUAAGAUUAGUCUCUCUACCCAAGGGACGCAAACUUUUGGCAAGGUACCUUCAGCUUCUAUUUCCUGGUGGUGACCUCAUGCGAAUAGUUUGCAUGGCCAUAUUCCGUCACUUACGGUUCUUGUUUGGUGGCCUACCCUCUGAUCCUGGAGCAGCAGAAACUACAGAUAACCUUGCAAAGGUUGUUGCAACAUGCAUUUGUGAAAUGGACCUUGGUGCUCUUAGUGCUUGUCUUGCAGCAGUGGUUUGCUCAUCUGAACAGCCUCCACUUCGUCCUCUUGGCAGCUCUGCAGGAGAUGGGGCUUCUCUCAUCCUAAAAUCAGUUCUUGAGAGAGCAACUGAACUCUUGACGGAUCCUCAUGUUGCUAGCAACUAUAAUAUGACAAACCGAUCUCUUUGGCAGGCUUCAUUUGAUGAGUUUUUUGGCCUUUUAACUAAGUAUUGCGUAAAUAAGUUUGAUAGUAUCAUGCAGUCUCUGCUCGUUCAAGGUCCAACUAAUAUGGCUGCUAUAGGAGCAGAUGCAGCAAGAUCUAUUAGUCGUGAAAUGCCAGUGGAGCUCUUGCGUGCAAGCCUUCCGCACACCAAUGAUCAACAGAGGCAGCUAUUGCUAGAUUUCACACGUCGAUCCAUGGCUGUGGCUGGAUCUAACAGUUACAAUGGAGGAAACGAUGAACAGAUGAAUUCAGAAUCAGUACUGAGUUGAUACUGGAGCAUAUAAGUUUCUGUGGAAGAACCAAGAUACUGUACUUUGAAAAGAAAAAAAAACAGAGAAUAUCCGAUACAUGCACACGCUGUUUGAGCAGCGAACUUGUUUGCAUAACUUUUGCUCUUCUACUACUACUUCUAGUCAUAUGGGUAAUUAGCAACACCGGACAGUAAUAAUGUUGGGUAUAUGAAGGGGAUAGCACUGUUGGGGUAAGUUUAGUUGUCUGUAGAUUUUAUAUGCUUUCGUCCCAAAUUACAUGUUUACUGGUUUGGGAUAACUAGUUAGCAGGCCCUUCCUUUGUCUCCACAUUUUUCCUCUUAAAUUCCUAUGGAUUUUGCUUUUUCUUCUU